AUGUUUGGCGGCGUCGUGCAAGCCACUGGUACUGGACAUGGCAGCCGCGCACACUUCCCAGCUCCAACUCCCAGCACACGACGCAAGGGCGCAGACGAGGGUGGCACUAAAGGCAACGGCGACGCAGACUCGAGUGGGACAGUCGCUCGCUCGCGCGCAGCGAUGGUGAACGGGCGUUCGAUGGCUUGGAAAUCGGCUGGGGUGUUCCGACCCAUCAUGCAGCCUGAUGAGGGAUGGCUCAGGACAUACUGUCGGUCUGAUUCGCGGCGCACAGCAUCGGCGCCGGCUUGCUGGGAUUCUGCGUGCGUCCAAGGCCGUGAAGACGGCCGCCCGAGUCCAGCAUCGUGGUGUGAAGGGCGCGCUAGCCCUGCCCUGUCGCUCCAGGCAUGUGUCGACGGGCGUCCUCCGGCUUGCGUGCCUCGACCCAAUAUGUCCCGGUAUAGCCUGAUGGCAGCGCGCCAGGGGCCAUCGCAUCCGCAUCCGCCGCCCAGCGAGACGCGCUGCGGCAGCCAGGCAGCCCGCACCUGUUGUGCUGUCGUGAAUGUCGCGAUGAGCGUCGCGCAUCCGCGUCGGCCUCAACCCAGCAGCGCAGCUGGCAUGACUGACGGCUGGCCCUCUUUCACAGGCCAGCGGGCCUGCAGCGGACGGGCAGCAAAUCACGCGUCGCCAGUUCGGCGUCGCUCGCAAACCCAGUGGGCGGAGACUGUGCAACGCUCGGCGGUACUCCCACAAUCACAGGCGGCCCAUCUGCAGCCCGCGGGGAGGCUCCGGUCGAGCGUGCAGCGCGUUAUCAAGUCGCGAACUGUCCACGGCCAGCCUAGCGAGCCCUCACCCUCGCCCUCGCCCUCGCCCACCUCCUCUCCGCGCUCCGUGCUGCCCGCCCGCCUGCGUCUCCUCCACCCUCACCCACACCGACUCGUUGAGAAGCACAGCCGCCCGCGACUCGCUCCCGCCCUGCACGCCUCCGCCCGCACCCGGCUGUUCGUAGACGACGUCCUGCGCGGCGUGCUGCUGUUCUGCCCUACCGCCUCCGCGCGCCCCAUUGGCUGCCCGGGUGCCCCAAGCGCGGCCUCGAGUCCCCCAAAGCCCUCCCGCAUCCUCGCAUCAUUGGCCUCAGCAGCACCUCUCCCACGCCCACGCACUCGCCGCUCUCCUGCCCCAAUCUCCUCUGCAGCGUUGCUGCAUGCGCUCUGCCCGACCGCCCGCGACCUGCUAGCGCCCGCUUCCUGUCGGCUGCCUUGUCUGUCUAUAACUGCCCGUGCCAGCACCGCCGGCCCCCCGUCCGCCGCCGCCCACACACGCUGCGACGCUCCCACGCCGUUCGCUCGCGCGCCUCGCACCGCAGCCCCAGGCUCCCUUCGCGGUCCGCUGCAUCGUGUCGCUCGCACGGCCUCACGCGGCCGCCAUCCUUUUUCUCGACGUGCGCAUCCCGUUUCUGCUGCCGUGCGCGCCAAUCACCUGCCCGCGCGUGCGCCUGCCCUGCCCGUUGGCGCCCACCAAAAAGCGAACCGGGCAUUACAACGUUUCGAAGCUGUUUUACCCCCAGAGUCGCCCUCAGCGCCCGCGACUGACAUCUGCCCGGGCCGGAACCCUCUGCAUCUAGCCUCCGCCGCCGCGACACUACACCUGUUCGCUUGCGACACGCCUCGACCGCCACGACCGCACCGCUUUGUCUCGCUCGCGGCCACUGCAAUACCCCCCAGACAAAGAGAAGCAUGGCCGAACACCAUGACCGCCGACGUCUUUUCGCCAUCGCACGCUUAUGCCAUGCCCGCGCCCAUAGGGAAGAGGCGGGAUCUGGACAAAAAUGGGCUGCUCUCGUUCAGCGAGGCUGAGACCAGCCCUGAACCCAAGGGCGCCCACACCAUCUUUUUGCGAAAGCUCCCCACCAACAGCGACAAGGAUGCUGUGCGCAACAUGCUCCUUUUCGCAAAGGAUCUAAUAGAUUGCGAACUGGUCUCUGCACCGCCCAAGUCGCCUGACGACAUGGGCUUUGUCUCAGCCGUCGCUCACUUUCGCACACUCGAUAGCGCAAAGGAGGCGCGCGACCUCCUCAACGGAAAGCGCAAUGCGACCAACGAUGCGACCAUGAUCGUCGAGAUGUUGCACGACAAUCUGCCAGGCACCAUCGGCUCUCGGCGCAAUACAGUGGAUAGCACAGCUAUGCGACAGGGAUCCAUCUCCGCCACGAAUGGGAUCGCCGGAGCCACGGCAAACGGCCGUCAAUCUUCGCGAUACAAUGGGACCUUCCAGAGCUUGGAGAAGAUGUCCCCACCAAACAGCACUCCGGGCCUUGGCAACGGAGAAUUUCCGGUCCAGAACCUCUUCUCAGCAACGUCACCAGUCAAUACCUCGUUCCCGCAUCGCAUCGCUAACGUGGGAAAGAACACCAUCAACGACGAGGCUGACGACGAUGAAGGUCUUCUCAAGGAAUCCAUCGGAUACGGCACGACCCCGGUGCAGAAUGCAGUCCCGCGUAGGACUACCAACCCAAGCUCGGGCAUGCCCAUCACUAGGGGAUUUGCGUCGCUGUCUCUGAACACCAAUGGUGUCAACGGUAUGAGCCCGCCGCCUAUGCCCAACUAUGCUUCGCCCCGUUCCACGGCUACCAUGCAAUCCCCCGGGACGGCCUUGUCCGCAAUGUCACCCCACUCUUCUAUCUCAUCUGCUAUGGGAAACCUGGGACCAAAUGCGAGCUACCAACAAUUUCAACAGCAUUACAAUCGGCCAACAUAUCCUCCCGUGAACCCGGCCGAUCAGAAUCCGCCAUGCAACACACUGUACGUUGGAAAUCUACCUGUUGAUACUUCCGAGGACGAACUCAAGGCACUGUUUUCCAAGCAACGAGGAUACAAGCGCCUCUGCUUCCGGACUAAGCAAAAUGGGCCCAUGUGCUUCGUCGAGUUUGAAGACGUGUCUUUUGCAACCAAGGCAUUGAAUGAACUUUACGGCCAUCCGCUCCACAACAGUGUUAAAGGUGGCAUCCGCCUGAGCUUCUCGAAGAAUCCUCUUGGUGUGCGCACUGGCCAAGCUACUACGAUGGGGCCUACAUCUACGAUCACCCCCACCACACCACUGCCUGGUUUUGGAGGAGGAAAUGUUAACAGCCCUCCUGGGUUUUCCACCGCCACUGGGCCGCCACCCGGGCUUUCCGCUCCUCCAGGAUUGUCCACCCCGAGCCAUUCAAACGGCUCACCUGCCUUCGGCAUGUACUCCAAUGGCGGGUUUGGCAUGAGCCAUAAUGAUAUGGCCAGCCCCAUUCGCUCGCAGCCGAUGCCCGCGCCUCUCACUGCCAAUGGCCACGGCAACGGCUUCGGCGGGAUGGGCGGAAACUACUCCGCUUACAUGAUGGGACGUUGA